GGAGUUUAGUUGAAGUGUUGAUCGUUGCACUUUUCUGCGUACAGUUCUCGUGUUUUUAAUUGUUAAUUUAUUGUGUUUGUUGUUAUUUUUACCUUAAUUUUCUUGGUUUUUUUCGUUCAUUACGAAGUGCUAUGUAGUUUUUAUCUGUUCGAGAUACUGUCGCGUUUAGAGAUAAGGCAAUAUGGCGUUUGUUUUGUGAUGAUGACAGAUGCAUUUUCGAGUGAAUGUGCCAUUGUUUUGUUCGGAGUUCGGUCGCCCGCAUGCUGAGAAUAAUAUACUACUUGUAGCUGUGAACUGAUUUACUUACAUUUUUUUCAUAAAGGUUCGAAUGAUGUGGCUGGAAACGAAAACGGGCGAUGUGCAGUUCAUCUGCUCGGCACCACCUUCGAACUUGCGCCAUUCGGCGUCGUUCUCGUGUCUUUCAAAAAACGACGCCUCUCAAGUAUCCGAAAAACCGUACCGCUCGAGGACAGCGACUUUGACGGCCGGAGAUGUAGAAUACGGAUUCGCGGCCAUCCGAAGACCUCCCGAAGCCUGCGUGCCUUCGGACUACAGCUGCUGCGAUUUGAUACCAGAACGAGACGAACCGGGCGAUGUGCCCAGGUUGACGAAAAGCGGCGACCGCGAAAGGCCCAACUUGCUGCGUGAAAUGUUGAUCAAGAAAAGCGUCGGUUUAUUGAAUCCGAACGUUUGGUGGGCCCCCAAGCUGCGGGCUAAGAACACGGCCAAGAGUAGCAGCGCCGCUGAUAAAGUGCCGGAAAUGCAGCAGCAAUCGCAAAAGCGUUGGAGAAGUUUGGGCGCCUUGUUGAAGGUCUCGAAUGGCAGUACACCGCGUGGUACGUGCAACGCUCAUCAACCUUCUUUGCCGGCUAAAUCGUUUUAUUUGCUGGACGAUUUUUUAAUACCGUCCGAAAGUACCCAUACCCAUACCCAUAGCCAAGCUGCGGCCAAUGUUAAACAGAACGUGAGCCGAGCUACGAGUACGAAUCAGACGUCCGCUAAUUCGAUUAUGGUGGAAUUACCGACGUUGAAAUCGCCGUUAGCGCCAGUUCCUCCGCCACCGGUGCGUUACCACGAAUGUAGAAACGAAUGCUCGCCGUAUAGAAAUUGUCGUGAUUGUUCUGCUUUCUCAUCACCUACUACCAGGUGCGGUGUUAAAGAUACCAGCACGUUGAUUAAAAGCUCAAAGAAUAAGACUUUACCGCAGAAAGGAAGACUAGACAGGCAAUACGUGAAAGAUACCGGUUUAGUGGUCAGCUCGAAGAACUGCAGUAAAACAUUACCACAGAAAGGAAGACACGAUCGACAAUAUUUAGAGCUACCGGUGUUACAGUCUCGAUCGGGAAAUUCGCUCAAAUGCCAAUACGACUUAUGCGGUAAUCGAACAUCUGCCCAAAUUGGUAGUCGAACUGCUCUGGCUGAGAUCGAAAAUCAUAAACUUGCCAACGGAGAUACUACAAUCAUGGUUCAGCAGCAAUCGCAGCAGCAGCCGGCCACGGCAGCUGGGGCUGCGGCACCUCAGCAACGCUCAGCUGGGGACACGCAUGCUGUUGUCAAGUCGUCUAGUUUUCUUCGUUUAAGUAAUUUGUACUUGUCUUCUCAAAAUAAACUCGAAAGAUCUCAGAUAAAGACUGCUAACGUGUCCAAUGGCGGAGACGUGUGUAACGGAUGCUCGACCCAAGGAACCGCUUUCGAGCAACGUGUCAGCUCGAAAGGCGCCGCUAAACUUUCCUCGAAGACGUUUCCGCUUACUCCUGCAGAGGCAUUAGUCCGUUACGGUUCAUUUUUAACGGAAUACGAAAAGAAGGAGAUCGGAAGCUAUAGCGAAAUAUGGUUUUUGGGAUUGAAAGCGAGUAAAAUCCGAGGCGAAGAAAACGGCGGCUAUAAUUUCGGCUUCGACGACGAGAACGGAAAUUAUAACAAAGUAAUAAAUGAUCACCUUUGCUAUCGAUACGAGGUAUUGGAUGUCCUCGGUAAAGGAAGUUUUGGUCAGGUUGUCAAAGCGUUCGAUCAUAAAAAUGGUAUAUUCGUCGCUAUUAAAAUUAUAAGAAAUAAGAAACGAUUUUAUCAUCAAGCGCAAGUGGAACUUGUUAUAUUGAACCAUCUGCGAAGAAAAGAUAUCAACGGAUCUCACAACGUUAUCCAUAUGCUGGAUUAUUUCUAUUUUAGACGCCAUCUUUGUAUUACAUUUGAACUUUUACACGUCAAUUUAUACGAAGUAAUUAAAAGAAAUGGCUAUCAAGGAUUCAGCCUAUCCGUUGUUCAGAAAUACGCAUUUUCGUUGGUUCAAUGUCUCAGGUUACUGUAUCGUGAGAAAAUAAUUCAUUGUGAUCUCAAACCGGAAAAUAUUCUGCUACAGAAACAAAAUAGUCAUAAUAUUAAAGUAAUCGAUUUUGGAAGUUCGUGUUACACGUAUCAGAAAGUGUAUACGUAUAUUCAGUCUAGAUUCUACAGAUCUCCGGAAAUUAUCCUCGGUUUAGUUUACAAUGGCGCAAUCGAUAUGUGGAGUUUUGGUUGCAUCCUAGCCGAAUUAUAUACAGGGCUGCCUCUAUUUCCUGGUGAAAAUGAAGUAGAACAGUUAGCCUGUAUAAUGGAAAUCAUCGGUUUACCCCCGGGUGAAGUUUUAGCUCGAGCUGCUCGAAGGAAUCUAUUCUUCGAUUCUAAAGGAGCACCUCGAUACACCGUGAACAGUAUGCAAUGGAAGAGAAAACCAGGAUCGAAAAAUUUAACCGUAGCUUUAUCGUGCGACGAUCCUUUAUUUAUAGAUUUCAUUACUCGAUGUUUAGAAUGGAAUCCGGAGAAGCGUUUAACCGCUGAUGAAGCUCUGCAGCACGAAUGGUUAAGAGACUAUGCCAAUGCUAACGAUACGUCCGCUUCUGUACCUGAUAUUAGAAUCGAAGAUGCUGACUGUUUUUUAACGUCGUAAAUAUGUAGUACCUACUUUUAGUGUUUAAUAAGUUUGUCGUAAUUUUAUUCCUAUUUGUACUCCUUUUUUUUUUCAAUUUUAUAUAUUGAAAUUCAAUGUGAUAGAUGUUUUAUGCUUGUGUUGUGUGUGUGUGUAUUGUGUAAGUAUGUGUGAAUUUUUCUUUCAUAAAACACAAAUAUUUUUGUAAAAAUAUGUUGUAUUUGGACUUACCGUCGUCGUUGUAUGUAAGUAAUAAAUGUUUUUGAAAGAGUAA